AAAGAAUUCUCGAACGGAUAUAAAAUUUGUGAAAAUCUUGCCAAGGUUGCUGGAGGCUCGAAAAAGAUAAAAUGUUUCACUGAGUAUGACUCGUCACUAGAUACAGAUCCAUGUAUAAUUUGUCUGGGUAUAUUACAAAAUAGUAAAUUAACAACAUUUGUUGAUAAAAUCGUGGAAGAAAUAAAUACAGAAAAUUAUGAUUGUGAUACAAUUUCCUUAACACUGACCAUUCCAACUGUCAUUAUAAUUAGAGAACGAGCAGUCUUUAUUUAUUUAUCAAAAAUUGAUGCACUGAAUAAAAACGUCUGUUAUAAUAAAGCUAAAGUACAGAAUAUUAAAGAUGUUUGGAAAUGGUACCUAUCAUUUUAUAUUCAACUUUUAACGAAGAAAAGUAUGGAAUCUUCUAACAUUGUAUCGCCACUUACAGUCGAUGUUUUUAUAUCAUAUCCACAAGACCAAGAAGAAUGUCAGGAAUUAUUAAAUAAUUAUACAAAAUUAUUAACUAAAGAAAGUUUUAUGAAAAGAAAGGAAGAAAAAUAUAUAACGAAGAAAAAUAUUGAAACUAUUACCAACUCAAUUACAGAUGAACAAUUUGAACAAUGUUUCACUAUACCUCCUAAAAAACCUGGCCAUUUUAUAAAUAUUGAUAAAUUAGUAUGUAAACAUAGUAGUAUUUUUAUUGGGGGUCGUUAUACAAAAUUUUCUAGAAGACUUUGUCAAACUCCGUGGUUUGUACAUGGUAAAUGGAAAAUGGAAAAUUCUGUGCAAGAUUUAAUUUGUAAAUGUAUUCUAGAUUUCACUAAAUCUAAAUCAACAAAAUUUCUAUCAUCGGGAAGAGAAGAUGUUGACGUUAGAAUGCUCUUUCAUGGCAGACCUUUUGUAAUUGAGCUUAUUGACCCAAGGAUAACGAAAAUAAAUAAAGACGAUUUACUAUAUUUAAAACAAAAAAUAAAUGAAAAUACUAAAAAAAUACGAAUGAUGAGUGAUUUAAAAAUUGUAGCAAAAAAAGAUUUAAAACAAUUAAAGGAAGGAGAAUAUUCCAAAUCAAAAACAUAUCGAGCAUUAUGUAUUUGCAAAAAAGUGGUUAAUAGUUCAUGUUUAUUAAAAAAAUUAAGAAAUAUAAAAAAUUUAAAAAUAAUUCAAAAUACCCCUAUUCGAGUGCUACAUAGACGUGCGCUUUUUCCUAGAGAACGAAUCAUUUUUGAACUACGGGCUCGAUUUGCAUUUUUUGAAGAAAUAAAAAACUAUCAAAAAGAUGUAAAGUAUAUAUCAGAUGAUUAUUCAUUUAUUAUUUUGGAUUUUAAAGCGCAGGCUGGUACUUAUGUUAAAGAAUUUGUGCAUGGAGAUUUUGGUCGAACGGUACCUAAUCUUUGUUAUCUUCUUGACACUGAAAUUGAUAUUAUAGCAUUAGAUGUUACUAAUAUUUCAUUAGAAUGGCCGUAAUGUAUAAUAUAUU